GACCCUGACGCAGACCCAGACGCAGACGAAGUCGCAGACGAAGUCGCAGACCAAGACUGAGAACAGGUGGGCUCUGCUGGUGCAUGCCCCGGCGCGGCAGAACCGUUGGUGGCAGUUCUGGAAGCCAGUCGCCAUACGCGUGGGCCUGGCCGAGCUCACCGUGAGGCAGUUCUCUGAUCUUCUUGCGGACGCCGUUGGGGAGUUGAGUCCGUCCGACACCUUCCGGGCCGCGUGCGCGCUCGCAGAAAGCGCCAUGAUGAACGAGAUCGGCAUUGCCACCAUUGUCUCUGCCGAGAGGCAUGUCGUGGAGAAAUAUGGAGCAGCAGCUACGCCGGCGCAUCCCGCACUUGGACGUGUCCGUCGCCCCCGAGUGACUCGGCAGCCGCCCGCCCGCGGGCGCGCAGGCGCCACCUCUGGCCGAGGGGGCAGAAAGGCCCCGGCUGCCGCCCGGCAGGCGCCUCGCGCCGCAAGUGGCGGCGGCCGCUGCCUGGCAGAGGCCCGCCAGCGUCCCUCCAGAAGUCUCCGCCUCAUUGGGGGGACCAGGGUGCCCCACUGCACGCCAUCCGCGCAUCUGAUAAUGUUUACACGGACGACGAGGGCCAGUUGCGCAAAGUUCGAGCUAGAAACAAGUUCAACCGUUCGUUAUUGA